AUGUAUGAAUAUAUAGGAAAAAUCUCUGUCGUAACCAGACAGCCUACGUUUUCAGAGAUGCACUUGGUAUGGAUGGUUUUCCUGGGCUGUCUGCAACAUCAAGUUAAAGCUCAGCGACCAGCCAUUGUUAAGAAUUUUUUGCCCCAGAUUAAGAAAGUGGGCGAAACUGCUUACAUGAACUGUACAGUGACCAACAAGGGGCCUAACUCAGUGGUAUCAUGGAUGCUGUUUAUGCCGGGCGACAAAAUUCCAAUUUUUCUCAGCAUUAAUACAGAGUUGUUUACAGGGGACAAUCGGCAUGAUGUACAGGCUAAACAAAAUGCCCUUGGAACAACCUACACGUUGAUAAUUAGAUCUGUAGCAGAACAAGAUGCUGGGGAUUAUAUGUGUAGAGUUAAAAUUCCAGGUGUAACUUUGUCAGAGUGGCCGAGAAAGAGGGUCAAAUUAACUGUACAAUUUGCCCCUCGGAUCAAACCGAGCAUGAAAUCACUGUAUGAAGUGGGCAUUGGAUCUAACCUCCAGAUGAACUGUGAAGCUCGCGGUGUUCCAUCUCCAAAUAUUACAUGGACCAGAGAAGACGGUCGAACACUCUCCACGGGAAGACUCGAGGCACAAGGAGCCCAACUGACAUUGACUGCCAUUCAGAAAAGUGAUCGUGGUUACUAUAUAUGUGAGGCUAACAAUGGCAUUAAACCUCCCGCAAGUAUAAGAGUGAAAGUCGCCGUAUACUUCCCUCCCUUACUGACACCAGUGCAGUCUGUAGUGGGCCAAGCACAAAACAGAAGAUUUGAUGCCAAACUUGAAUGUAUAGUUGCAGGAAACCCUCGUCCAACUGUAAAAUGGAUGAAGGAAGCGGAAAAUGGCAGACGAAUUGAACUUAAGGACAACGAUAAAUAUGACAUCACCAAAGAGUUCAACAUCCUUCAAAACGACGAGUUUUGGUCUACACUUCAUGUGAAGAAUGUUCAGGCUAAUGACUACACUAAAUACUAUUGUGUUGGACACAACAGAUACGGAAAUGGAGAAGCUAGUAUUACAUUAAUUGAAACUACGGAAUGUCAAGGACCCAACUGUCCAGGUGGAGGACUAACGGGGGCGUGAUGACUAGACACUUUCUGGUCUCCAUGGUAUCUGCUCUCGUGAUUAGGAAUGACUUAAUCUAUUCUGAAAAUUGUAAUCAACAUAAAUUAAUAAAGUUCUUUAAGCUAAA